UACCUUCAGCCUGACUGGCAGAGCCUAGGAAAUGCGAAGGUAUGGAAUGAUGCUGCACUGCAAAUCUUUUCUCUGUCCAACUGCUGGGUCAUAGCCACAAUUAUUGUCUCAGGUCGUGUACUUUACAGCCACCUUCCCUUAUGUGGUACUAUAUAUCCUACUUAUACGUGGGGCGAUUUAGAUAAUGCGGGACAGGGAAUCAUAUUCUACCUUCAGCCUGACUGGCAGAGCCUAGGAAAUGCGAAGGUAUGGAAUGAUGCUGCACUGCAAAUCUUUUCUCUGUCCAACUGCUGGGUCAUAGCCACAAUUAUUGUCUCAGGGCAUGGCUUUGUCAUUUUCUCCUUCCUUGGUAACAUGGCUGGCAUCAUGAAUACCACUGUGGAUAAAGUCGUUGAUAGCGGGCCAGGCCUUGCAUUUAUAGUUUA